AAUAAAUAAACCCUCUCUUUCUCUCUCCUGUUUGGUGAAUGGUGACCAACUACCCCUUUCCCUUUCUUUCUUUGAUCCAAAUAAAGAAAAUCAACAAUUCCCUUUUCUUUAAUCAUUAUUUUUACAAGUGUUGUGUCCCUUUUCUUGAAUUUGUGUAUACUCUUCUCCUCUCUCUCUCCAUCUCUAUCUCUAUCUCUAUCUCUCUCUGUGUGUUCAUGUGCUUCUAGAGAUUAUUAUGAAAAAUGGGGUUUGUGUUGCUUUGCUUGAAUCUUGUUUUUCCACCUAUUUUUCAGAUAUAAACAGCUCUAAGUUUCAACUUUAAUCGAGUGUUUGUGCCUCUGUCUACCCCACACCCAUCUUCUUUUCUAUUUCUUACCCACAUUCUUGAAUCUUGGUAUCAUCAUUCUUUGAAGAAAAUUCGUACCUGUUUUACGGGAACUUCUUGUCUCUAGGUUUUCUCGUAAGGGGUUUCAACCAAAACCCAGAAAACCCUGGUUUUCAUGCCAUUAAUUCCUCAAGUUCUUGAGCUAAUCAGACACGUUUGUGGUGUUUCCACGUGAUUUGAGGGUUUGAAGAACAUGUCCCAAAUGGAAGCAGAAAAUGGUGAUGGCAAGUCCAAGAUGGAAGAUUAUGAGGUUAUUGAGCAGAUUGGUAGAGGAGCUUUUGGAGCUGCUUUUCUUGUUCUCCAUAAGAUUGAGAAAAAGAAAUAUGUCAUGAAGAAGAUUCGAUUGAACAAGCAAACGGAGAAGUUUAAGCGAACAGCACAUCAAGAGAUGGAUUUGAUAUCCCGACUUAAUCAUCCAUACGUUGUGGAGUACAAAGAUGCUUGGGUGGAUAAGGUGGGCAUAUGCAUAGUGACGGCUUAUUGCGAAGGAGGAGACAUAGCGGGGCUUGUACGGAAGGCCAGAGGAGCGUAUUUCCCGGAGGAGAAACUUUGCAAAUGGCUAACGCAACUAUUAUUGGCGUUGGAUUACUUGCAUACUAAUCGUGUCCUUCACAGGGACUUGAAGUGCUCCAACAUAUUCCUCACAAAAGAGAACGACAUCCGUCUCGGUGAUUUUGGACUCGCAAAACUCCUCAACUCGGAAGACCUUGCUUCCUCGGUUGUCGGCACCCCCAACUACAUGUGUCCCGAACUCCUUGCAGAUAUUCCUUAUGGCUACAAAUCCGAUAUUUGGUCCCUUGGUUGUUGCAUGUUCGAGAUUUGUGCGCAUCAACAACCAUUCCGAGCUCCUGAUAUGUCCGGACUUAUCAACAAGAUAAACAGAUCCUCCAUUUCUCCUCUCCCGAUCGUGUAUUCUUCGACAUUGAAACAGAUCGUAAAAACGAUGUUAAGGAAAAGUCCCGAACAUAGACCAACUGCUGCAGAAUUGCUAAGACAUCCACAUUUACAACCAUACUUGCUCAAGUGUCACAACCCGUCUUCCGUUUUUCUCCCCGUGAAGCCUCCGAAUAGCCCGAAGGAUAAAAUUCCGAAAAAGAAUUCACCCAUGAAACUGAAUGAUGGGAAAGACACCCGAGAGAGAGAUGUACAAGUUGUAAAGCAGAAAGUACAAGUAGCAAAGCAUGAAGAGAAUGGUGACCUGCCGGUCAGAAGUUUACAUAACAACCCCAUAUUUGCAAUCGUGGAAGAAACCAAUCUCGAGACCAAGAGGGUGGACCCCACGAGCUACUUUAACGACAGCGGGGACACGAGUUGUGAGACGACGACGGUAUGUUAUGGUGACGGGCCGGAAAAUUCUGACUCUUUAGCGCAAAAGGUGAGUACGAAAUCGAGCUCAUUGGAUCUUUCUAAUGGAGAACAGGAAGAAACGAGCCCCCAAAUCGUCGAGAAGCUUGAUGAGGGUAAUUUAGGGAAUACGAUAAAAGAAAAUCACGUGGAGAUUACAUCGAAUGCGGGUUUUAGCGAAAAAGGCGAAUCUGUAGACGAAGAGAACAUUUCGACCCCGACCGCCAUUUGUGAUGAGGUGGAUUCCGAGCAACCAGGAUCCGUUGAACCCAAACCAGUCGAACCCGUUGACCAAGAACCGCCGCCACCCUUGAGGCAAACGGAGAAGGGUGCACCGGCUGCUGAAACUCCGGCAACCAAACUCACCCCAUCAUCCGAGACCAACUGCAAGGGUGAAUGGCUAAACCCGACUCAGCAAAGAGCCGAUGCGCUCGAGUCCCUGCUCGAGCUAUGCGCACGGUUGCUAAAACAAGAGAAACUAGAAGAGCUUGCCGCCAUUUUGAAACCGUUUGGCGAAGAGACGGUUUCGUCAAGAGAAACCGCGAUUUGGUUGACGAAAAGCCUCAUGGGUGCACAGAAAUUCGCCGGAGGAUCUUGAAUUCGUCUUCUUUUUAGUGGAUCGACACGAAAACCGAACUUAUGACCUUUCUGAUUAUAGUUUGAUAGAGUUUUAAGUGUGGAUUUGGGGCCAGAAAAUGUGUUCUAAAAGAGGAUUUGAGUAAUUUUAGGCCUUUGAAAAGUGUGGGGGAUGACUUUCUUAAUGUAAAUACAUCCUUAGCAUACAAAGGGCUUCAAAUUUACCCUUUUUUUUAGUGUUUGAUUGUUGGUGUGGGAUCUCUCUUUUUAUGGGUGGUGUUUAUGGUUUCAUUAUGUUUACAAGGAUUAUUCUUGUAAUUUGUUGUGUGUGUUUUUGGUAUAUAAUGUGAUUUUGCUAUUGGUG